UAUAAACAUUAAUUUUCUGAUUAUGUGAAAGCUUAAUUAUCUACCGUUUAUUCGUCCUCUUGAAUAAACUGUUCGGGUGCUGGUUGCACAUUAUGGGCCAGAUCUUCAAAGAUUUCAAAUAGGGAGCGCUGGACUGCGUAGAGGCAAGCGGUUUCAACCCUGAUGACUCGCUUUGUGGGUGGUAAGAACUUACAAUUGCAUAUCCUCCCAUAAAUUCGAGCGGUUUGGUCAUCAGCGUAUAAUCUGCACAUCAAAGUCAAAGUAUCUGUAUUAGCCUCGCUUGGGAGAAAUGAGCCUUAGAUACAAGAAUCAGCUGCAUCAUACCACAUCUCAGUCACUGAUAAAAUAAGUCUCAAUAAGCUAAUAAAUAUUCAGUAGCAAGUGUCAGUCCAACAAAAAGGUAAUAUUAAAACAGGGCAAAUCAAUGUGUAAAAUUAAAAUGAUUCCAUGCACCACUGCCCUCCCCGUUUACUGCUGUAGAUCAUGAGAGACCACGGAUCUACCUACCCACAUGUUCCUGUCCUUCCUCUAUUAAUCUUCCCAUCCCAAACCAAUGCGCUCAUUAACAAGUUUUAAUGACAAAUGUAUCUGUCAUAAUCACAUAAGGGUUUAGCAGCACAACCCAGAGUGAAGCAGGUGAGAGGAGUCGGACAAAAUUCUGUCUCCCUGAGGAUGGACUGCUCAUAAUGUUCAUGAAGACACACAAGGGGAAAUGUUUUCACCUGCUGUUUCCGCUCAUUUUACACACGUAAAAUCGCUUUGCACAAGGUAUGAAGAUCAGCUUUGUACGCGCUAAUUAGUUUUUAAACACACGCCAGCCUUUGGAAGAUCAGGCCCUCUAUAUCUGCUGUGUGUCGCUGAUUUGAUGUCAGGCUGCUGCAAGUCAGGGCCAGAGUUCACCUCCACGCUGGGUUAUGUCAGAGUGCGUCGUGUUUUCUGAAUUCGGAUUGGCUGAAGCUGGGACAUUACGCAGCGACAGGGUUUUUAUUAUACCAGCGGUUCCUGUUGCUGUUUUUCUUUGGUUAAGUUUUUCCACAUGACUGCGCUUGCUCUGUUGCUUUGUAACCGGUGGAUUCAGCAGAAGGGCUACAGCUCCUACUCCUCUUUGCAGAGCCAAUCCGUGGCUAGGUCAGGGGUGACCUCUAUAUCAACUCCACCGCCGGGUCUGACUUUUACUGAAAAAUACCGCUGCACCAAGCGCUGCUGGCCGCUUUCACAGCAACUUUUUUUUUUUUUUAAACAUUCGGAACUAUUUCAAAGCGUCACCUACAGUCAUGGCACCGAUUCUUGUGCACUCUGUGGAGAAUGAACCCAAGGACGACAUCAAUAAAAUACUGUUAGACAACAGGUUCAAGUUAAAAAUCCCAAUUUGGACACCAUGGAGGAGGACAUUCUGUACCACUUCAGCUUGAGCACAAAGACCCACAAUCUACCAGAGAUGUUUGGAGACACUAAGUUUGUGUGUGUUGGUGGCAGUGCGAAUCGAAUGAAGGCUUUCGCCCAGUUCAUGCACCGCCAGCUGAAUCUGCCUGGACUCCCGGAAGACGUCAAAGACAUCUGCGAGGGGACCGAUCGCUACUGCAUGUACAAAGUGGGACCGGUGCUCUCUAUAAGUCACGGCAUGGGCGUCCCUUCCAUCUCCAUCAUGCUGCACGAGCUCAUCAAACUGCUCUAUCACGCCCAGUGCUGCGACGUCGUCUUGUUUCGCUUGGGGACGUCUGGUGGAGUCGGUCUGGCUCCAGGCACGGUGGUGGUCACCGAUAAAGCAGUGGACUACGCUUUCCGCCCCCAGUUUGAGCAAGUGGUUCUGGGUAAAGUUGUCACUCGGAGCACUGAGCUGGACGAAGGGGUUGCCAACGAGCUUCUGAAAUGCUCCGGCGAGUUGCAAACCUUCCCGACUGUUAUCGGAAACACCAUGUGCACCGAUGACUUCUACGAAGGUCAAGGCAGACUUGAUGGAGCUCUUUGCUCUUUUUCUCAUGAGGAGAAACUGGAGUAUCUGAGAAAGGCCUACGAGGCCGGAGUGAGGAACAUCGAGAUGGAGUCCGCCGUCUUCGCCGCCAUGUGCCGAGCCUGUGGGGUGAAAGCGGCCGUGGUGUGCGUUGCGUUGCUGAACCGCUUCGAGGGCGACCAGGUCACCUCUUCACACGAUGUUCUGGUGGAGUACCAGCAGAGACCUCAAGUCCUGGUGUCCCACUUCAUCAAGAAACGCUUGGGACUUAUUCCCUGAAAGCCCCCACCCACACUCCCCCCUCCAACAAACUGUAUAUAGCUUUGACCACCGUGUGGAUAUAUACUGUAUAUACAUAAUGUUAAUCGUUGAAUUAGACAAUAAGGUUUUUAUGAUUUCAUUCAUGAAGUUUAAAUAAUAUUGCUUUUACAAAUAUUUAAGUAUGUAUUGUAUCUUUUCAUAUUAAGUGCACUGGUAUAUAUGUGACAUAAUACAAAUCUGUACAAUAUG